AUGGCAUUUGGGCAAGAAGCUUCAGAACAGCUGUGGCAGGAGCUCCUUGGCGGCUACAAUCUCAACGCCAGGCUCAUGGCGCUGCUCGGGGACCCCCUCGAUAAGCAUGGCCAGGAGGCAGCUUUGGCGAUGAGCCAAGAGCUCUCUCGGGUGUUCAUGGUGUCCAUGUACACCCUCAAGCCUGGCGAUAGUAGUCGGGUAGCAGGAGUGAGAACGAUGGCGCCCGAGACAAUGGUCACCGAGGGAAGUGUCAGUCAGCGCACUCCGGCGGCAGAUGAACGCAUCUGCAGUGGCGAAGAGGCUGUUCCCCACCGAAAGCGCAUAGGAGAGGAGGAGGUUAUAGAGAAGAAAAUUACAGCCUCGCCUCACAAGGAGGGUUACAUAUGGAAAAAAUACGGGCAAAAGAAUAUUCAGAAGAGAAAAUUUCCAAGGCAGUACUACAAAUGCAUGUACAGCCAUGAGCGCGGAUGCAGGGCGAAGAAGCGUGUGCAGCAGCAGGAUAACGGCAGCGACGCCCAUGGCCCAAUGUUUCAGGUCACCUUCAUGAACGAGCACACGUGCCACCAAGUGCUUCCCAGCCAAAACAGCAGCAAUAAUGCAACUAAUUUACCGGCGACGAAGACUACUAGUACUAUGACAAGGAACGGCGCUCAUUCUGAUCCUGCAGCCCACAUCGGCGACAACGCUGGACUGCAGAACAAGAUCAUGACCUGCGCUCUCACCACGGUCAUCGGCGGAGCUCCAUCCCCGCCGCCGCCCGUGGAAGUGAGCCAGCUGAGUGAUUCGGCGUCGUACGUUCCGCCGCGCCUGCCGGAGGUCAGCAUGGGCUUGGAGUAUGAGACGACGGUGUCGGAGACGGGUUUCUCGUGCGGCUCCCCAAUUCCACCUCCCGUCGAGCCACCUGCUGCUCCAUCGUCGUGGUCAUUGCCGCCGCCACUGCCCGUGGAAGCGAGCUCGAGUUAUCUGGUCGGCGGCGGAAACAUACCGAGCAUGGACCCUAUGAUGAUGGAGGAGAUGUAUUUCCCGUGUGACCCGCUACUUUCUCCCGUUGCAGCUCAGUCGUCGAUCAGCGGCUGGGACGAUGUGCCCAUGGCUGUCGUCGCCGGUAGGUGGUAG